UAUAGCGACGCCCCUGAGCCCAUUUCUCCCUCAUACCCAGAGGUUGUACCAGCACCGCAGCAUCAGACUCACACCUGGCAAGCUUCGUCACAACAGCAGCCAGGAUACAUCAGCGAUGGGUCGGCCCCGGUAACAUCAAAACCAGGACAGCCAUGGUCCUCACCACAAACCUCAUAUAAUGUUGCGCCGGGGAGCGAUCGGGGAUAUGACAGCCACAACGGCACAUACGCAGGAAACACUAUGGUCUUCAAUCCGGAGAAGACCCACACGGAGCUUCCUGCAGCAGAGCAGAGCAAAAAGAAAACCUUGUGCGGCUGCUCAGUCAUCGUGUUUGUUCUGAGCGUCAUCAUAGCCGUUCUGGUUGCCGCCGUCGUUGGUUUGGCUACUGGGACAGGAAUCCAAACGGCUCGACUCAACGAAGCAACUGAUAAGGUUCAGAGUCUUCAGGCAUCAAAGGCAUCGAUAUCGUCUCCAACGGGGACCGGAAAUGCACCUGCAGCGACGACGACCGCAGUGAUCGACAAUGGCUGUAGUAGCAACCCUGCAGCCGUCAACGGGAAAGUGUACACUGCAUUUGAGUUGGUGGGUUCCGCCAAUUUCACCAUGAGGUGCGAUAAGGACGUAGAUGCGCCUGUCCUAAUGUCCCUGUUUGCGUCGGAUUUCAACAAUUGCAUGGACUCUUGUUCGUCCUGGACUAUGUACGCACCCCGGAUGUUUGGAAAGAAUGAGAACACCACCUGCACAGGCGUUAGUUUCAUUCCACUGUGGACGACCAAGCCUAAUGCGCUAAAGGGCGGAGCGCCGGGCAACUGCUAUCUCAAGAAGAAUGCUACCACCAGCUCGUUCCAGACUGCAAAUGCCGGGACACCCGUACAUGGAGCGGUCGUGGCGCGCUCCUGA